AUGGACAUAGACAUCGAAGAGCACAACGAUGCCUUCGCCGUCCGCGACCUGUGGCGCCCUUCGCGCUUCGCUCUCCCAGACCUGCAGCGCGAUGCGACUCUCUUCCCAGAGCUAGAGCUCGACAUCAACCACAUAAAAAUCGACAACCCCUACGCCCCUACGAAGAGCCUCGAGCAAGACCUACGCCUUCCAGACCUUGAUAGCUUCCAGUAUGGCCCGCUUGAGGACCUGGACCCGCUUCAGGAGUCCACCGUCUCCGCCGUUCCUGCCCAAGCGCAACCUCAAGACGAAGCCCAGGAUGACGAUGUGUGGAGAGAUGCGGCCGCUCAGGGGCCUAUCAAGGACAGUGUGAGGUUUCAUACUUGGGAGUCGUUCGAGAAGCCAGGCUUUCAAGAACCCAGCCACUCCUAUAUCGCUGAGGCAGGUCCAGAAGCUUUCGACGCCGCCCUGCUUAGGAUGCAAGAGACCGACCCCUCCAAAGCAGCUGGCAGGAUCGUGAGGUCGGAUAUACUGCUUGGGUCGCUCUUCAACCUCGGUCUUGGUCGCUCUUCUGUGCUGUUCAGGUACGAGCAAAUGGAGCAUACCUUCGCUCAGGCCAUCCACGACCAGAGAAUGUCUGGCUUCUCCCUGGUUUCUGCCCAGAACCUGAUCCACGACUUCAUUCACGGCGGCUCUACUUUCAAGAUCCUUCGUGAAUUUGCCGAUCGAACUUGCGGAGCCGAAAAUGCAUUUCCAUCCAAGGUGGCUCUGGCGACUGCAAUCGGAACCAUCGUAUCUGCCAUGGAGAACCACCUCGGCAAUCAGAGGAGUUCCGUGUCGACCCUACUGCAGCUCCAGCAGCUAUUUCGCAGGCCUCAUCACAUAUUAUUGAAGGUCAAAGCUGUUGCUGAGGCGGUAAAGUCUCUAUCCACGAACGAGGACCUGAUCACUAUGCUGUACAUGCAUGUCCAUGACAUGGAACAAGAGGACACGUGGUUGAGGUCCGUCUUCCUGGACAUCCUCAAGAGCGUCAGCAACCCCUGGCUUGAAUUUGCCGCUGAAUGGACCGGCCUCCGUUGCGGCCUCCGGACUGGUUUCACCAACGAAGACGUCAAUCACACAUUCGUUGGCAUCGAAGAGGCGUCCGAAGAUCAGAAUGAAUCCCGUCCGCUGCCAGAACACUUCUACAGACCGGAGAACAUGCCAUCGUUUGUCCCCGAGGAGGACGGCUAUACUAUCUUCGAAACUGGAAAAAGCUUGCGCUUCCUCGAAGUCCACCAUCCCAGCCAUCCUCUGUGUGCACCUCACAAAGUGGGCUUGCAAGCACCGUCGCUGGAUUGGAAGUUUGGUUGGGAAGACAUGGAAAGCAUUGCCACCAAAGCCAAGCAAUAUGAGAGAAGUUUGGCCGAGGCCAUUAGGAAGUACAAGCAUACUUCAGGAGACGACGAUCAAGUCGGCAGGAGGUCUUCAGAUGCUGGUAUGGGCGUCGGGCCCAACGUCGAACCGGCAGAUUACGAGCGCAACAUCUACGAUACGGUUGAGCUUUUCGACCAGAUCCCCGCCAGCGAGGAGAGCGGGUCAGCAACAACGUUGCACUCGCUCGUCCUUUCAUCUAUAUCUCCACAAAACUCGGACGAGGGUCUCUACACAUUCGCUCCACCCAUAGCGCUGACUCCAACGCUCUCCCUGACGCCGUUGUUUCUUGCACAAGCCCGUCUCGUCAACGCAACAACACUUCGGCUCUUCUUCCGAUCACACGACUUACGUCUCCAUCUUUCCGUGCAACGGCAAUACCAGCUCCUAGGCGACGGCAUGUUCAUGUACCGUUUGACUUCGGCCUUGUUCAGCCCGGAACUCGAGACAGCAGAGCGCAGGCGCGGCACCGUGCGGACAGGCGCCCCCAUGGGCCUAAAGCUAGGCUCGCGCUCGACCUGGCCGCCCGCCAGCUCGGAGCUGCGUCUCGCGCUCAUGGGCAUCCUCAGCGAGAGCUACCACUCGUCUCGCCUUUACAAGAAACACGUUUCUUCCUCCCACAGGAAACGCCAGGACCACAAGCGCCUCCGCGAGACGCCCGACCUGCCCGGCAACCUCAGCUUCUCGAUCCGCGUCCUGUCCAACGCCGAGAUCGAGCAGUGCAUGGACCCGAACUCGCUGGCGGCGCUCGAUUUUUUGCGGCUGCAGUACGCGCCGCCGCCGCCGCUGCACCUCGUCAUGACCGCCGCCGCGCUCGACAAGUACGACCGCGCCUUCCGCCUGCUGCUGCGCAUCGCGCGCAUGCUGUUCGUCGUCAACCAUCAACUCGUGUUGCCGCGCGACGGCGACGGCGCGGUCAUUCCGGGCGUCUGGGAGAGCAGGUGCUUCCGCAACGAGGCGCGCCACUUCGUCAGCGCCGUCGCGGCGUACUUUUUCGACGAGGCUAUUGGCGAGACGUGGCGCGCGUUCGAGGCGAGGCUGGAUGGGCUGGAGAGGCGGAUGAUGGCGGAGGAUGAGUACCGUGGCGGUACUGGUGGUGGUGAUGAGGAUGGGGAAGGGGAAGAGUCUUCAUCUCCUUUCGGCCGGUUGGUGGCAGAGGGCUUGGAGAGCGUGCGCGCGGCGCACGAGGACUGCCUCGAUCGCAUCCUGUUCGCGCUGCUGCUGCGCCGCCGCCAGGCGCAGGUCAUGCGCCUGCUCGAGGAGAUUUUCGAGACGGUGCUGGCGUUUGCGACGCGUGUGAGUGGUGGGUAUCAUCAUCACCAUGCUGCUGCUGCGAAUAACAACAGUACGGCUGGCUCCGUGUCGCCGGAAGAAGCGCGUGAGAUGCGCGAGAUGUACAUGCUUUUUCGCAGCAAGGUCAACGUCUUCAUGACCGUCUGUCGCGGGAUGGCGGGUAAGCGGGGCAAGUACGGUGGGGACGACAAGGCUUCAUCAUCGUCUUCGAGGAAGAAGUUUGGUGGGAGUGUGCUGCUCGGAGCGGCGCGUGAUGAUGACGCGGUGGAGGAAGAGAACACGAUCGAUAGGCUGCUGUUGAAGCUCGAGAUGAAUGGGUAUUACGCCGCGCCUGUCACGACGGAUUUGGGGGCUUGA